AUUGGCAUUGUGCAGAGGUCACAGUUAGAGUACGCGGACAAUAUGGAGAAAAUGAAAGGAUUUAUAUGUAGAAAAGCGCCGUCGCUCUUAUGGUGUUUUCGCAAAAUUGUGCUGCGCCGGAAUCAGCUGCUCUGCCUGUUGUUGAUCUUUGCAUUCUGUUACUUUUUGAUGAGGCCCGUAGAAGUGCUCGACCCAGAGGAUUAUCCGUUUAACGACCUAGACUUGGAAGACUUUCUCGUUGAUACCAACCACUGCAAAAUUCUGGAUCUCGAACCGGACGAUCCUGAGGUGAUGUGCCACUUCGAGCGGGUCACCUACAAGCCUUGCAAGUCCUAUCCACCAUUCACUACCACCCACUACAAUGCAACUACUCAGCGCUAUGUCCUAAACAUCAAUGCCUCCGAUCCGACCAACUCGAUGAGCUGCUGCUACAUGGGCGUAGAACGUGUUAACGAAAUGAAUGUGAGCUAUACACCUUGUGUGAAAUUCAAGAGUGGAACACAGCUGCCCAAUACGACAGAGAGCGUUAUAGUCAAAUGCAGGACGGAGGGGGCUCAAGUCUAUAUCAAUGGACAUCCGACCAUACCGGAGAGAUCCGCCGUGCGACGGAGACUCAAGCACUGGGCGCAGAAGGAUCGAGGCAAACGGGUGCCCAGCGUGUUGAUGAUUGGCAUCGAUAGCAUCUCGAGGGUGAACCUCAUACGAGCCAUGCCCAAGACAGCGCAGUACCUCUACGAGAACGACUGGUUCGAGCUGGCGGGCUACAACAAGGUCGAUGAUAAUACGUUCCCCAACCUUAUGGCACUCUUGGUGGGUUACAAUCUAUCGACUGUCAUGAAGCACUGUAAUCCCUAUGAGAUAAACGGCCUGGACCAAUGUGACUUCAUCUGGAAGCUGUUCCAGAAACAUGGCUAUGUGACUGCUUACGGCGAAGAUGCGGUUGGGAUCAAUACUUUCAACUACAUGAAGAGGGGCUUCCAGCAGUCCCCCGUGGACUACUACAUGCGACCGUAUUUGUUUGCGGCGGAGAAGCUGCUGGAAGGCUCCAAUGUGAUGGGCAUGCCCCAUUGCGUGGGCUACGCGACGGAGGCGGAGCAUGUCUACAACUAUGCCCAGGAGUUUGCCAGGCGAUACCACAACGACAGCUUCUUCGGCUUCUUCUGGACGAACACGCACAGCCACAGCGACAUCUCGCAGACCAGCUCCAUGGACGAGUACCUGAGAGGAUAUAUGCAACGGCUGGUGGCCCAGGGCACAAUGGAGAAUAGUAUCGUCGUGUUCUUCAGUGAUCACGGACUGCGAUUUGGACCAACGCGUUCCACCUGGUCGGGUCACAUGGAGGAGCGAUUGCCCUUCCUGUUCAUUUGGUUGCCGGAAUUCCUGAGAAAUGGAAACCCAGAGUUUGAGGAAUCAAUGCGUCUCAAUUACAAUCGGCUGACCACGCCCUACGACUUGCACAUGACACUGAAGCACAUUCUUUCGCUGACGGGUCGAGCUGGCAGCCUGGAGGAUCUGGGAGGGGCCAAGGACUGCCCACAGUGCCAGAGCCUAUUGCUGCCUGUUCCGCUGAGUCGCAGCUGCGAGGAUGUGGCCAUUGAAGACCACUGGUGCACCUGCUGGCCGUACGAGAGAGUCUACAAGAACUCCAAGGUUGUGCAACAGAUGGCCGAGCAUGUGGUGCAGUACCUUAAUGAUUAUGUGAAAAGCUUCCGUCAGGGCAGCCUGGCUCAUCUCUGCCAGCCACUGACGCUGCUGAGCAUGAGCGAAGCUUACAAGGCGUACCUAAAGGAUAUGUAUCCCAGCCAUAUAGAGAUCUACCGUCUCAUCUUCUACACCAACCCGAACAAGGCGCUCUACGAGGCGACAGUGCGCUUCAACGAUCUGCUGCCAGACAACGAGAGUUUGACCGUGACGGGAUCGGUGAGCCGUCUCAACGAGUAUAACGGCGAGGCGGACUGCCUGGAAGACUUUACCAUCAAAAAGUAUUGCUAUUGCAAGAACACAUAA